CUCCCAUCUGGCUGGCCUGGAAGGUUGAACUUGCGCUGGUUUGAGAGACGGGCGAGCUGGUGACAGGUCACUCCUGCUUCAGAAGGUUGCUGGAUGAGUCAGGAUUGGGGAGACGGAGAAAGCACAGUUCUCCAGGACCUACGCUGGGACCCAGGGUUUCGAGGGAGAAACAGCAUCCCCUAGGGAACAGAGGUCUCCUGUGCCAGUCCUGUCGUAAGCACUGCUGGAUCUGUGUGACAUCACCAGCCCCCUUGCUGCUGUCACUGCUGGAAGUUCUGAGCUCUGUGCUGGGGGCACCAGGCACUGACACUUGGCUCUUGUUGGGAGAACAGAGAGAGUCUCUCUUGUCCACAGCCUGUGCUCGGCUCCAACUGCUGCAUCUCCCGGAGGCUUCUGCCUAGCCUGCAUAGGGUGAGAGCUGCUAAGGCUGUCUCAGAAGUUUAAGGUGGGAAAGAGGGCAGCCCGGCCUGGGGGCCAAGAACUGUCACGCUUGGUCUUCCCAGUACCUCCAGAGCCUACCUCAUCACAGCUACAGAAUGGCCUCCAGCCGGGCUGGAGUUCCUAGCCCACAGCCCUCUAGGGCCAAUGGGAACAUCAAUCUGGGACCAUCCGCUAACCCAAAUGCCCGACCCACAGAUUUUGACUUCCUCAAAGUCAUUGGCAAAGGGAACUAUGGGAAGGUCUUACUGGCCAAGCGCAAGUCUGACGGAGCCUUCUAUGCAGUGAAGGUGCUACAAAAGAAAUCUAUCUUGAAGAGCAAAGAGCAGAACCACAUUAUGGCAGAGCGCAAUGUAUUGCUGAAGAACGUGCGCCACCCCUUCCUCGUGGGCCUGCGCUACUCCUUCCAGACCCCUGAGAAGCUCUACUUUGUGCUUGACUAUGUCAACGGAGGAGAGCUCUUCUUCCACCUGCAGCGGGAACGCAGGUUCCUGGAGCCCCGGGCCCGGUUCUACGCUGCAGAGGUGGCUAGCGCCAUUGGCUACCUGCACUCCCUCAACAUCAUUUACAGAGACUUGAAGCCGGAGAACAUUCUCUUGGACUGCCAGGGACACGUGGUCCUGACAGAUUUUGGCCUCUGCAAGGAAUGUGUGGAGCCCGAGGAGACCACAUCCACUUUCUGUGGCACUCCCGAGUACCUGGCCCCCGAAGUGCUUCGUCAAGAGCCUUACGAUCGAGCAGUGGACUGGUGGUGCUUAGGAGCGGUCCUCUAUGAGAUGCUUCAUGGCCUGCCCCCCUUCUUCAACAGAGAUGUGGCCCAGAUGUAUGACAAUAUUUUGCACCAGCCACUCCAGAUCCCUGGAGGCCGGACGGUGGCUGCCUGUGACCUCCUGCAAGGCCUUCUUCACAAGGACAAGAAGCAGCGGCUGGGCUCCAAGGAAGACUUUGUCGACAUAAAGAACCAUGUGUUCUUCAGUCCCAUAAAUUGGGAUGACCUGUACCACAAGAGGCUAACUCCACCCUUCAACCCAAACGUGGAAGGACCUGCUGACUUGAAACACUUUGACCCAGAGUUCACCCAGGAAGCUGUGUCCAAGUCCAUUGGCUGCACCCCUGACACCAUGGCCAGCAGUUCUGGGGCCUCAAGCGCAUUCCUUGGAUUUUCCUAUGCACAGGAUGAAAACAUCUUGGACUCAUAAGCGGCAAAGCGCUUGCAAAUCCACCAAGACUAACUGGCACCUGCAGGGGCUACCUUCUGCUUCCAGCAAGACACAAUGAGUUUGAUGACUCAGAGAAGAGGGGAGUGCUUUCUGUCACAUGAAAAACAGUGUAGGACAGGCCACUGAGUCCCUGCUCAGGCUGUCAGGACAGGCCACCAAGUACCCGGUCAGGUCGGCAGGACAGGCCACCGAGUCCCGGCUCAGGCUGGCAGGAGAGGCCACCGAGUACCCGGUCAGCCUGGCUGGACAGGUCACCGAGUACCAAGCGUCUGUCGUUCUGAUUUGCUCUUCUUGAGAAAUGACUCCUGUGUUUGGUGGUUGUUGUUGUUGCUGCUGCUGUGACAAAUAUCCAAGAAAGGUAACGUAAAGAGGAUCUCCUCGGGCUCACCACUUCAGAGGUUUCCGCUCACUGCUGGCUGGUCCCAUUGUUGUGGUCUUUAGGCAAAGCUGAGUCACCUCGGUGAAAGGAGUGGUGUGGAAAAGCUGCUUACCUUCUUCCUACCAGGAAGCCGAAAUAGAAGACUGGGCUGGAAAUAAGAUUUACCCUCGGAGUUAUGUCCCAAGUGACUGACACCCUCCAAGCGGGGCUCACGUUUUAGUUACCUUUCCAUCACCUCUCCAUGCCAUACAAUUACGAAUCUACGAAUGGACUAAAUCACUGAUGAGCCUGGGCCCCCGGAACCCAAUCAUAUACUAAAACCCCAUCAGCUGGACAGGGGAACCUUUAGAUCCAAAGUAAAAUAGCUUUGAAUAUUGGGGUUACAUGAUCAUAACAUGGUUGCUGAUACCAUAGCCACCUUUGUGUUCUAAGCAAGAGAAAAGGAGGGAUGGGACAGGAGUGGGUUACAAAAGGACACCGUUAAAGAGUUUCCCAGAAGCCCAGUUCAGUGACUUCUUUUAGCAUGUCAUAUAUCCCCAGCCCUACUUAAUGGAGCCUGGGCACAAGCUCCCUCUCAUAGCAAGGGCGUUCAAACGCUGAGGGAAAGAGGAAGAAUGUUAUCUAGGCCACGAACACUCUGGGAAAAGACAUCUUGGUAUGUGAGUUUUUAUUUCAGAGUGUAAACUGAUGAGCUGUAGUGUAUUGCCUUCAGUUUCACAUUGCUCUGUGUGGACGGUAGUAUUGAUAAACUGGGUAUUUGUUACUAAGUAUGGUUGCCUCAACACCUUUCAUAAUUCAAGGAAGUCCCUACUUUUGAGGCUUGAGUGUGUGUGUGAGAGGUGGCUACCUCCAUUUAUAGUAGCAAACACUACCAGACUCUGGCUUCCUCAUCCUCUGAGCUCAAGCAAGGCAUGUGGACCAGAGACACAUCUGUGCCAACCUGGGUCCAAGGACAGGACUGGGGACUCUUUUGAGUUCCCCCUGUAGAAGAGGUGAUAGCGCAGAUUGUAGCAGCCAGGCCUCAGCAUACUAGGGCUGUAGUGCUGAUCCUGGAAGCCUCAAGAUUUUCUUUGAAGAUUGUCAGAGUCCGGUGCUAGCCCGGACCAUAAAUUAUUUCUCUACCAGACCCCAACAUAAACUAUCUCUCUCUGGACCAGCGUGGAGGAGAUGGGAAUAAAGACACAACUCACAAGGUUUCAACGGGAGGGAGAUUCUUUCUCAGUGGUCCCUCAUGAAAUCCUGAGUUCACAUCCUGAAGAAUUUCUUCUCAUUUAUUCUCAAACAGUCUUUAUACCAAAACUUAACUCAGGGGGAGAUACGUUAGCAUUCUGUCUCCUAGGUAACCAGGUGAAUGGCAUUUUUGUCACCUACGCAUCUACCUGUCUGCUGUGUAUGCUAGCUGUCGUGUAGGUUUGAAUCAACAUCUCUAUAAGGCAUCCUCCAAAUUACAAAGAAAGGAGCAACAACAUCCUGGCCCUUUCUUAGGUAGUGAUGGCCUGUCUGGUAGGCUAUGUGACCAUCCUCAGAUACUGACUGUGGCUUUAGAGCCUGGCUGCCACAUCAUAUAGAAAUAUGGGCCUACAGGAGAUUUCCAAGUCUUUUAACACACUCCUUUUUUACUUAGUUGUCCAAAGUCAGCCUUAGAACACUUCUCUUGGGCGAGUUGUGGAACAUUUGUUCAUGUCUGUUAGCAUGUUCAUCCAGAUGACCCUAAAGUAGUAAUGACUCCUCCUUUUGCCAAUCAAGAGACAAGGUCAGAGAAGCUGUUCUUUGCUUGAAGGCCAUACCCAUUAACACAGGCUGGAAUGUGGAACUGUUUGACCUAGGGCUCUACCCAGUAACCCUUGGACAGGUUUGCUCCUCAUUUAGACUGUUAGAGCCAAGAAAAGACUAAGCAUCUCUCAUGAGAGAUGGGCACAGUGCACAUGCCCUUAAUAACAGGAAGGGAGGGGUGGGUGGAUCUAUGAGUUCUAGGGCAGCCUGGUCUACAUAGUGAGUUCCAGGCUGUCAGGGAGACACAGUGAGACCACAUCUUAAAAAAAAAACCCAAACCCUCUUAGAUCAAGGCAAGAAUUGUCUAAAACAAGCCAGAGAGUGAUAAAGAGGGGUCUUGGAGAGCCCCUCACUCCUGGUAUGGGCCUGGCUGUCAAGUUCAUGUGCUUGAUCUCCAGCACAGAGCUGAAGCCUUUGCGGCCAAUCUCCUGGCUAGCCACUAAACUCCAGGUGGUCAAGAUUAGUCAUUUCAAAAGGUAAUUCUGGAUGGUGAGAAUGUGAGCAUGUUGUUUACGGUCAGGUAUGCAUGUGUGGUGGGUCAUUCUGUUUCCAGUGUCUUUUUCACAAACUUCAGGGUGGCCUCAUUACCUUGCUGGAUUGGGGACAACGGGAGGCCUGUCUUUUAUUGCUUCUUCUCCUAUACUUGGUUCCACCCCUUUCCUCCCAGUUUUGUUCCCUCUGUCCCCAGCCCUAGGAAUUAAGUGGGGGAAGCAAGGCUGGGACUCAUGAAAACAAAAUCAAACACUGGUAACAUUGAUCUAUUAGACACCAGAGCUGAGUCAGGAAUUACUAUUAAGCUUUGAUAUAGAAAGGAACAGACUUCCAUCUCACCUGGUGCAGGUUAACUGCUAGAUGUGGGACACAAGGCAGGAACAAAUAUUCCCACUUAGAGUGUAACCGUCAGAAAUCGGAACAUCUGCCAAGUCCACAUCGGCUGGUUCCGUUCUGAGGUUGUAAGAAUCACAGAAUGUUUCACCAGGACAGGAAAUAAAGAACAAAUACACUACUAAA